GUGCCCCGGGCAGCUGGCGCGCGACACCUCACCUGGCCGCCGCCUCCUGGCGCUUUCCACCUCUAGAGGCGCUGCGGAGGCUCCCGGCGGAGGCCAUAAAAAGCGCCGCAGUAGCAGCCCCACAGUAUUUUGCGGCCCCGCCCGCCCCCCUUCGCAGCGCAGAGAGCCAGCCGGCCGCGUGCGCACUGCUCCGCCGUGCCAGCAUGUCCACGCUGAGCUCCGCCCGCCGCCUGCUCCUGCUGCGCCCGGCGCAGCUCGCCUGCCCGCGGGCCGUCUGGAGCCGGGGCUGCAGCAGCGCCAGCCCGCGGAACCCGCUGGUCUACCUGGACGUGGGAGCCGACAACCAGCCCCUGGGGCGCGUCGUGUUGGAGCUGAAAGCUGAUGUGGUUCCAAAGACAGCUGAAAAUUUCAGAGCUCUUUGUACCGGUGAAAAGGGUUUCGGGUAUAAAGGAUCCACCUUUCACAGAGUGAUUCCUUUAUUUAUGUGCCAGGCUGGGGACUUUACCAACCACAAUGGCACAGGAGGAAAAUCCAUUUAUGGCAGUCGAUUUCCAGAUGAAAAUUUCAUACUUAAGCAUGUUGGACCUGGUAUACUCUCAAUGGCCAAUGCAGGACCCAAUACAAAUGGGUCUCAGUUCUUCAUUUGCACUGCCAAAACUGACUGGCUAGAUGGAAAACAUGUUGUGUUUGGCCAUGUAAAGGAAGGAAUGGAAGUUGUGAAAAAAAUCGAGAGCUUUGGCUCCAAGAAUGGAAAGACCUCAAAAAAGAUUGUCAUUACUGACUGUGGUCAGCUGUCAUAACCCCACUGCCUGUAACUCAGGAGAACUUAGAUGCUGUGAAAAAGAAAAAUGAGAAAAGUAUAUCUGAUUUCACUUUUAGGGUUGUUAAUUGCUGAUGUGAAAAUCUAUUUAUUUCUGUUCAAGAUAAUUCAUUGAAGGUACUGUGAUCAGGGACAGUAGAAAUGUGAGGAAUUCUAGUUAAAAAUUUAUUCAACUUACUGUGGGUAGGGUCUAGAGAGUCCACAUUUUCUAUCUAACUUGGCCCAACUUUUACAUUGUUGUAUAAUAUUUACUAAGAACAAUAAGCAUUUUCUUAAAAUAUGUAUUAGCGUGUUAAAUUAAAUUACCAAAAUAGAGGCUCUCAGGCCAAGUUUGAUAGAGAACCCCAUAGUAUCCUGCAAGCUGAAGUGGUCAUUCAACACCGUAUUUGGCAGGAAUAUGAAUAUUAAUUUUGUCAUGUGUCACAAGAAACAUUGUGAGCCUUAUCAGAAUAUUUGAAAGAUUACCUUGUUGACUUUGCUAGUCAGUGUUUGCACCCUUCUCUAUUUCAAAUGAAUGUAAAGUUAGUGUUUGAUAAAUACAUUCAGGUACAGGGGAUAAAUUCAUUAGCUGGAUAUUUCAGGCAGGAGGAUCAACAGUGAAGUAAUUAAGGAUGUUGCAUUUAAACUUUUGUAAUUGGGGUUAAAAUGCUUCAUUAAGAUGAAAUAAAGAAUGCUGCCUUUCCUUUGGUGCUAUGUUUCAUUCCCGUCUGGUUGCAGACUUGAAGUUGUAUUGAUAAAGCAAAUUAGUUAAUGCUCUCAAGGCUAUCUCUGCAACCAGAAGGGCUAGAAUCUUCUUUCUGCAAAAGAUGACAAAACUUACAACGCAACUUAAAUCCAUGGAUUUCUAUUGUCUUGGACCAUUGCUAAUUCUUCAACAGAGGGGGGGAAACUUAAGACAUAAAGUAUCUUGUAUCUAAAUUAAUUGAUCUUAACUUUUUGCUUUACAUUAUAUGAAACUGAGUUGGUGGGCAUGCUACCACAGCUCCAGUCGUUUACUUGAUAGAAUCAAGAGAUAACCAGAACUGAUCAAGUGACUUUUUUGUACUGCAACUGCAAACUAACCUGCAGUGCAGCUGUACUCUGAAACCUGACUAGGUAAAAAUAACAGCAGAUUCGUUCCCUGUGUGUAUUCAGAAUGCUAUCCCAAAUGACAAAUAAGUUUUACUGCUUUUUGUUUGUUAGCCCGUCAGAGCCAAC